AUGGACGCCCUUCUGCAUAGUGGCGCAUUUGCCUUAACCACUAUUCUACUUGCUGCAUUAAUUGCUUCUCUCUUCAUCUUCAGCUCCCACUUCCAAAGACAAUUGGACGCCGAAUCAACAGUGCCAGGAUGUCGGCGCUUUGGUCUCGUCGGAAAGAGCAACAUGUCUGAUCAGUACUCACCUGAACACAAUGGAGAGAACUUUACAUCUUCGGCUGCAUGCAAGAUCAAAGCUCUCUUCAUCUACCCGAUCAAGUCCUGCAAGCCUGUGGAAAUCGAGCACGACGAUGUCAUUCUAACUGGACUGCGCUAUGAUCGCCAAUUCUGUUUCGCUCAGCUCAAGACAGAAGAGGCAGAGAAGGAUGAGGGAGACCUCAGCGUCAGUACUAAAUGGGUUCACAACUGGAAAUUCAUCACACAGCGCAAUGUGCCCCGAUUGAGCCAGGUCGACGUCAAAGUCUGGGUACCGGACCCGUCAUCUCCUUCGUACUCCCCAGAGGCGGAAUGGGUAAAAUCCAAGGGUUGUGUCGUUUGCUCAUUUGCCUUCACCCCGGAGUGGUCCUGGAAUCUGGAUGGCCUCAAGACCGCAUUCUCACUUCUGAAGACCAAGAUUGCUCAGCGCGAUAUCAGAGCCGAGCCGCGCCUUACCUUCAAGCUCCCUAUCGCCCCCGACGAGAAGAGGUCACAGAAUUACAACCGAGAAGUCAUGAAAAUCUGGAAGUGUUCACCUACGGCCAUCAACAUCACAUCCGAGAUACCGACAGACACACUGGCCAAGUUGAAAUACUUCCUUGGUGUCUCCAAUCCUCUUGCUCUCUUCAUGGCAGAUCCUGAAAACCAUCGUCAAGUCUUCAGGAAUGCACCUACAGUUGAAGAGGCUGGCUACCAACCUGGUGUGGGCUUUGCCGAUGCUUAUCCACUGUCCAUAAUGGGCGUUGCCUCCGUGCAAAAAGUCUCAAAGACAAUCAAGAAUUUGCCGACUCCUCAUCUCGAUGCCCUCCGUUUCCGCGCAAACAUCUACUUAACCAACAUCCCACCUUUCGCCGAAGACGACUGGAAAAUCAUUCGAUCAGGAAACCUCGACUACCACGUCAGCUGCCGCACAACACGUUGCGACCUCCCCAACGUCGACCCUGCAACUGGCAUCAAAGACCGCGCAGAGCCCUACAAGACCCUCAAGCAGACUCGAGGAAACAUCGACAAGGGUGCUGGUGCUCAUCCAGUGUUGGGAAUGCAGAUGGUACCUUUGCUCAAGGAUGCUAAAGGCAGUGAGGAGAUUAGAGUGGGAGCAGAGAUGAAGGUCGUCAAGACUGGGGAGCACUACUACAUCAAGUUGUUCCAAGACUAA